AUUAGUCACACACACGAGUCACUAACUUAAUUAUCAUUCAAUACAUAAUUUUGGCACCUCUAGUGUUGUGCACCUAUGGCUAGUGAAUCCGAAAAGGUUACUCCCCCAGCAGAAGCUCCGGUGGUGGAGCCACAAAAAAGGGUUCAGCCACUGGCAACUCGGUCCACCGAUUACUUUGCGGUGGCCGAUGUGGUGUUAAGGUUGUUAGUGUUUGCUUCAGCACUUGUUUCUGUGGUGGUCAUGUCAACUAGUAAAGAAACUGAAAUGGUCCCAACACCUCGCCCUGCUAAGUUCAAUUAUUCACCAGCACUCAUAUAUUUUGUAGCAGCACUCUCUGUGGCUGGUUUCUUCAGCAUACUUACUGCACUAGGCUCAUUGUACUCCCUCAUUAAGCCUGGUUGCUCUGCAAAGAUCAUUUCCCAUUUCAUUGUUAUUGAUUUACUUUUGCUAGGCAUAGUGGCAUCAGCAACUGGAGCAGCAGCAUCAGUGAUUUACAUAGGACUAAAAGGCAACACUCAUGCGGGGUGGGGAAAGGUUUGCAGUUUGUAUGGCAAGUUCUGCAGAUACCUUGGAGCCUCAGUAGAAGUCUCAUUGUUUGCAACCGUUAUGCUUGUUCUCCUUGUUCUCCUCUCUGUGUAUUCCCUUUCUAAGAAGAUCCCAAAGUGACUAGACAACUAUGGAAAAGUGAAUUCUUGAGUACAGUAGGAAAAAGCCCUUGGUAAAUGUCAGUAUGUGAAAGUGUGUAAUUAAUAAGUACAGUCCAAAUUAGAGUUCUCUGUAUGUUUGUCACUUUUCUAGUGCAGGUGGUGGAAGUAGAAAUUGCCCCAGUUCUUGUAUAUGAAUUCAGUCAAGUACUUGUAUUGACACUACACAUAAAAUUCCCAACUUACAUUGUCUAUCUUUGAUCAA